AUGGUAAGAACCAUUUCCACCUCUGCGGCAGAGCCGGACCAAAGCCGCGCUAACGUGCCUCUCUUUCCCCUGGACACUCGAGCUGAGAACCUGCUGCACACCUGGAGAGGAGGCUGGGUUCAGACCGCUGCUUUUCUCUCUGCUGGAAACUCGGUCGCCUCCAUCCACGUACCGCUGGCUGCCUCUCCGCUCUCCUCCUCCGCGCUGCAAUCUGUUGAUAACUCCAGCUGCAGGCUGCAGUUGAUCGUGUUCCGCAAUGGGAAACUCUUCCCCUGCACCGGGAAUUCUUCAAACCUCGCGGACGAUGGAAAGCGUAGGAGCGUUUCGACACCAGUUGCUUUCACCAAAUUAGAUGGCUGCAGCAGCCUCCGGAGCGCGGUGCACUCCUCCGUGACCAUCGCUCUGAGGCACUUCGCGCUGGGUGUAGACCCCACCGCAGCCUUCUGGGACUUUGACCUGCUGGAUGGACACGGCGGCUGGAGGGCAGAGGGCUGCCACAUAACGGGCACCGGGGGCAAUACGACCACCAUUCACUGCAGCCUGCACCACAACAACUUUGCUGUGCUAAUGCCUGCUGCCACCCAAAAGCGGAGGGAGCGGGGGGACGCAGGCAGCGGCUGUGAGACAGCGGCGCGGCACCAGCGGGACUGGGAUACGUGGAUUUGGUUCCGAACACUGAGCGAAACGCACUGGGAGUCGUUUAACUUCGACGCUGCUGCUGCUGCGGAGAUGCCCCGUUUUUGUUGCUCUUCACCCCUCCUCUGCUCCGUCUCCAAGAGGAUUCUCACCAAAAGCGCAAUGGCAUCGCGUCGCCCUGUGUCGGCUCCAUAG